CUUUGCCUGGUUGACCAAAAGGAUGAGGUUCGGUUUGGUUGACGACGACUUUUAUGCCGUGAAACCUGGGGAUUACAUUCAGGCUGGGAGUCCAAAAAAGUCUCUCCAAAGUGAUAGUGUAAAUGGUAGAGAUGCCUCCUCCGAACCACCACGCCAAGUAUUCGACAAUGGAUGUACUACAAGGCAGUCCAUGCUUGAAGGGAUUGCUGUUGCCACUCCUAAAAGGAUAGACUCGUCACUAGAUUUGGAGCAAUUGGAGAGCUCUUUCAGCCCUGGAAAGUCCCCUUCAAAGAGAGCGAGUCAACACAACCAACAAACAAACGGAAAUGCAGAAGACCUUCGGGAAGUUGCGCGAGCAUAUGAGCGCUUCCUUUACGAUUAUAAGCGACAGCAACGUUCGCCGCUCUCAGCGGCAAAUCAACUCAAAUUUCUAGCAGAGUCUGAGCGAGCUUCACAAGAAAGUAUGAAUGAGUAUUAUCGGCGGAAGCUAGAAGUGGAAGGACCAUGGGUAUCAGAUACGCAAAAGGAAUUGCAACAACUUUGCCAAUACUAUAAGCGCAUUGCGGACCAAAAGGACUCGGAGGCCCAAAAGAGGAUACAGGAGCUUAGAAGAGAGUUUCAUGAGGCAAAUCUCAGAGAUCAGCAAUCUAUUGAGGUUGCACUACGAAAGAUUGAGGAAAUAGAACGAAGGGAAGCGUUGCAACGGCAGGAGGAAGAGCGUAAGCGAGCGGAAAAGGCCAAGGAGGAAGAGGAGCGGAGGAAAGCUGCAGAAGCAAAAGCUCAAGCGGCGAGAGAGCAGGAGGCGAGGGACAAAGCAGCCAGGGAACAAGAGGCAAAGGACAGAGUAGCCAGGGAGGAAGCAGCAAAACAGAGAGCUGCCCAGGAACAGGCGGUGAAAGCACAAGCAGCGGAGGAGCAGCAAGCUCAACGGGCGGCGAAAUCUGUACAGUCCAAAUCGUGGCCGGACAAGCUCUUUGACACAGCUCAAGCGCGCUUGGCCAUCAUUCACAUCAUCAAGAAGCAGGUCAAACCCCAAAUGGGCACCAACCCGACUCUCAUGCAGUCAAUAUUUCGAACAAAAAUGACCAUUACUCAAAAAAUCGGCCAAAUUAUGAGCAGCGAAAAGAAAGUCAUUGAGAUUGGUCGGGCUCUCGAUACCGUCUUGAAGAAUGCGAAGAGUGCGUCUCAGGAGGAGUAUGCUAUUUGCAUGGAUCUCCUUGCUAAGAGCGUAGUGAAACAAGCGGAAAGCGAGAUCGCGGUCAAAACAGACUCGGCAUUUCCCCUCGCCAUUCUGUGCAUCAUGAUCUACCGACAACAUACGGAAUUCUUGGAUGUACUUUUAGGCCGGUUCAUCAAGAGAUGUCCAUACAUCGUGCCAUUAUACCCUCCACGAUUUGAGAGCGAUACGGAUGAUGACUUCCGCAAACGGCUGGGAUAUAGAGAAAUCGACGACGACGUAUGGGAGGAUGAAAUACAGUACACAGAGCGAAUGUGCGGACUUAUUGCUAUUUAUGCUGCCAUUGUGCAAACGACAAUCAUACCCAACGACUACGGACUACAAAAUGGUUUAAAUUGGCUCUUCCUUAUUCUUAGUAUCGAACCUCGUCGGAUCAGUCCUUUUCUUAUACUGAGAUUUUUGGAGAUUGCAGGCCACGAGCUUUUGAAGCAAUAUCGUCCUCAAACUGAGGAAGCGUUGACGUUCUUACGGAACGAAUUCGUUCCCAAAAUUCCCGCAAAAGCCAUCGCCGGCACCACCCGCCUACAGAUAUUCUUGGACUCUGUAUUCGAAAAGGGUGCCAUCCCACCACCGGAGGGAAGAUCACUAGGGAAUUGAGCAAUCUUCGUCUUCUGACAUGCUGUACAAUAUGCGCACGGAUUGAUCUGCUACUUGUAUAUAUUCGGGGAGGUAUUUUGGAGACCGGUAAAUAGAAGGGGCGAUACCUUACAUGGAACUGUGAUCAAUAAUAACUUUUAUUGUUUAAUUAUAUGUGACAUCGUAGCGGAC